GAUGACCAGGAAGCUUACACGGUAGUCUGCAUACUGUUUUUUAACACAAAGAGAUUUGUUUUAAAAAUCAGCAGUCGUCGAGCCUUAACCGGGAGGGGAGCAGGAUGAGGGUUCGGUGGGUCUCCAGAGCAUCGGAGAAUAACCUGCGGAGUGCUGCUACAGGGCUGAAGGAAGACCCAGUCUUCUGCCUUGCGAUGGAUGAAUCCCAGGAAUUGACAGAACUGCCUGCAAAGAAAGCUCGGCAUGAGCUAAAAGACUCUGAAGAAAAGGGGCCCAGGGUGGAAGGGAUGGCAGAGAAUGACAGCCAGCUGGGCGGAGGAGAAUCGGCUGUUCUUAAGACAGACUCUGACACUUACACACUGUCUGGCGAAACCCAGCUCGGCGAAGUUAAGCGGGAGCAGUCCGGUCCUGGGAGUGAGUCCUGUGAGCCGAUGGGGGGUGACCCACUGACCACCUACAGGGAGACUGCUGUAACCUGUGCAGACCUUAACACAAAGACGUCAAAUGAAUAUACCUCACAGAUGUACCAAACAAGCAAGCCCUACACGCACAUCCUUUCCCCGGCCAUCACGUCGUACUCCACACAGUCUCAGUUCCCCGCUGUUGCUCAGUCCACCAUCUACACUGCCUACCCACAAGGAAGCCAAAACUACGGUCUACCUCCCUUUGGCGCCAUGUGGCCUGGCAUCAAAUCUGAGAGUGGACUGUCGGAGGUGCCUCCGGUGGGACAGCCUAGCUUCCUGAGCUUCAGCACAGGCUAUACCUCAACACCGCCUGGGCAGGCACACUACUCCUACCCCAGCCAAGCCUCCAGUUUCACCACAUCAAGUGUUUAUACAAAUAUCCCCAGUGGGACUGCAGCUACCACAGCUACAGCUACUGUAACAAAUCAAGAGUAUCCCAAUUACACCCCCCUGGGACAGAGCCAGUACCCCCAGUAUUAUGCUGCCCCCAGUUAUGUGUCGGCUGGGAUGCCCAACAAUAGUGGGGGUACAGAGAGUGUGAAUGUUGCAGGCUACCCCAGCAUGAAGACUGACAGCCCUGCUACAGCUGAUCUGCUCACUGCUACAGACUCCGCAGCUGGUGUGCCAGCCUCCACCGGCUCCAGGGACCACGAGGAAGCAGGCCGGAGAAACAGCACCGGGAAGGCCAAGAGCAAAGGGAAAAAAUCGGACACUUCCCAGCCUGCCAAUAACGACCUGGAGCGUGUUUUUCUCUGGGAUUUGGAUGAAACCAUUAUCAUCUUCCAUUCGCUGCUCACAGGCUCCUUUGCACAGAAGUUUGGCAAGGACCCAACUACAGCUCUCACCCUAGGGUUACAGAUGGAAGAGCUGAUCUUUGAGCUUGCAGACACACACUUGUUUUUCAAUGACCUGGAGGAGUGCGAUCAGGUUCAUGUAGAAGAUGUGGCCUCUGACGACAAUGGACAGGACCUGAGUAGCUACAACUUCGCGACGGACGGCUUCAGCAGCUCGGGUAGCAGCAGGGGGCCUGGUUCCGCCAGCGGGGUGCAGGGGGGUGUGGAGUGGAUGAGGAAGCUGGCUUUCCGGUACCGGCGUCUGAAGGAGAUCUACAACACCUACAAGAGCAACAUUGGAACUCUCCUGAGUCCACUGAAAAAAGACUUGCUUGGUCGUCUUCAGUCAGAUGUGGAGACUGUAACUGAUUCCUGGUUAAGCACUGCGAUGAAGUCUUUGCUGCUGAUUCAGGCCAGAGGGAAGUGUGUGAAUGUCCUGGUCACUACCACCCAGCUUGUCCCUGCAUUGGCCAAAGUGCUGCUGUACGGACUGGGAGAAGUGUUUCCUGUAGAGAACAUCUACAGUGCCACUAAAAUAGGGAAGGAGAGCUGCUUUGAGCGGAUCGUCUCUCGGUUUGGGAAGAAGGUGACCUAUGUGGUGAUUGGGGAUGGCCGCGAUGAGGAAUUCGCAGCGAAGCAGCACAACAUGCCAUUCUGGCGCAUCUCAAACCAUGGUGACUUGGUAUCCCUGCACCAAGCCCUGGAGCUGGACUUCUUGUAGAGAGCCAGGAGGCCGGAGGCUGGGACCGAGAGGUCCCCCUAGCAGGACACCGGGCUCUCGGUACGGGGACUUACACGCAGUGCAGCGGGCUGAAGCUGAGGCCUGGGGCUUCUUUCCUCAUCCCGUCUCCGAGGCGUCUGCUCUCCUGCUGGAAGGCUGUCGGCACCUUCGACGUCUCUCCUUGGGAAGAACGGAAGGGACCGGAGGUACGCAGUUCUCCCAGUCUGGCCCGCACCCCGCUGGCAGCCCGCGGGAGAACUCCCAGGCCGGUCCUGGCACAGGGUAGCGGCAGUCGGAGUCGGUGCCGAUGAGGCAAGCGGAGGCAGCCCUGGAGGGCUGUGUUGUGUGUUCCUCACCACUCCAAGCAUAGCUCACACGUUACAUAAAGGGAAUGCAGGCUCUCACACUCACUUGGACCUACGAAACCAAUUUUAUGGAAAUGCCCUGACUAGGUAGAAUUUGGGGACUUUAUUUUGUUGGUAUUGUUUUUGUGAUCUUUUUUUUAAUGGAGACUUGGACUAAUUGUGGUCUAAACCAUGCAGAUAUAGUGCAUCAGUAGGCUCCAGCUGGCUCAGAACAGUGUGAUUCUCAUCACUAAGGUACUCAUAAGCUCUUCUAGGUCAAGCUGCACAGUAAUUUAUAUGUUCUUUUGAAAGUGAGUUAGGAAUCGCAUAAAUGAAAGUCAUCCUCAGUAUUGGGUGUAUUGAUGCCUCACCUAUUGCAGGAUUUUACGGUAAAAGUUUUGCUGCGUGUCCUUUUUUCUGACUCUUACUAUUGGUUUGAUGAUGGAUUCAUACUGGAUUAGUGUGGAAGACAACAUUAAUUCAGAGUCUGUCUCUUAAAUGCCUACCAUCAUAGAUAAGCUUUGCCAAAGUUAAAUGAGUACAAAGACAAUAGCCAGGUCUCUUGCACACUAAAUGUUUAGUAUUCUGCUUGUCUUGUAGAACUGUAGUGCUACCAGACCAGGCUCAAUAGAAGGUUACCAAAGGGAAACAUUCAUCUCAGACAGAAUGCACUGAUUCUUGCUGCAUGCAGGUUAAGUUCAUUCCAUUUUUCAACUGUUUUAUUGUUCUCUUCAUCGAAAACAUUGAAAUAUAUUAUUAAAAACAUUCUAUGAAAGAAAACUCUCAA